AUGAUGGAAGUGCAGCAGCAACACUCGCCUGUAGGGGUGGGUCCUCUGGACUUUUCACGCAGGGGUGUCGCGGAGGCGUCCGCUUUUCGAGUUGUCAAACCGAAACAAACCGCUUCGGCUUUGGUGCAUCAGCAGGCUUUGUCGCCGGAGACGAACAACAACGAGAAUCUCCAGGAGAGCCCGCAGCUUCCCGUCGAGGCUGAAGGAGGAUGCAACGUUCGCCUAAUGUUCCCUAGACUCUGGGCCCCUUUUGGAAAUCCCACCGAGAUCACGAAUCUACCACCUCUGCCCAAAAGUCACUCAGAACGAUUGUCCUUUGGAGUCGGUCGUCUGGUGGGUUCUCCAGCAACGAGGAGUCCCUCUCCGUCGCAUUCUCCCUGUCCAGACUCUCCACCGUCGGAUCGUCGAGACGGCGACGUUGACGUGGACGUAGAGGAAGAGGAAGUGGACGUGGACGUCGAGGAAGUCGGCGACGAAGACGAUCGCGAUGCAACGUCGAGUCCUCCGAGAUCAUCGUCGACGCCUUCGCCAACGAGCGUCGCGACGUCACCUAUCUCGCAUCCACCGAAGAAAUGCGGCGACACUUUCAGCGUCUCUGCUCUUCUCAGGCCGGAUCCACCGUCUGCUCACCUGCAGAACGCGUCUCCUCACAGAGAUACAACGUCCAUCGGUGCACAUCCACCUCCGCCAGGCUCUUCCAUACUCUAUCCACCACUGCAUCUUCAAGGUGGUCUGCUACCACCUCAUCCCCAUCAUCCUCUGUCGUACCUGCAUCCUCAGCUGCUUCCUCAUCAUUUGUUACCUCCACACUUGCACCCGUUGCUCCGUGGCGUUCACCCGGGUCACCCUGGUCUCCACUCGACCCACACCGCGCACGGGCUUCAUCAUCAUCCUCUGGGCGACGUCUACAGCUGCGUCAAGUGCGACAAGAUGUUCAGCACUCCUCACGGCCUCGAGGUGCACGCAAGGAGAUCCCACAAUGGCAAGCGACCGUUCGCCUGCGAGCUGUGCAAUAAAACGUUCGGCCAUGAAAUCAGCCUUACGCAACACAGGGCCGUGCAUUCCGCGGAGAAGGUGUUCGAGUGCAAACAGUGCGGCAAGGCGUUCAAACGUUCCAGCACUUUAAGUACUCAUCUUUUAAUCCACUCGGACACGAGACCGUAUCCCUGUCAGUUCUGCGGGAAGAGAUUCCAUCAGAAGAGCGACAUGAAGAAGCACACCUACAUUCAUACUGGCGAGAAACCGCACAAGUGCCAGGUAUGCGGCAAGGCGUUUUCUCAGAGCAGUAACCUGAUCACGCAUUCGAGGAAGCACACGGGCUUCAAGCCGUUCGCCUGUGAGCUUUGUGGCCGAGCUUUUCAACGGAAAGUCGACCUGAGAAGGCAUCGGGAGACUCAGCACGCUGAUCUGAACACGACUCAACGAGCGCCGAUUGGUUCAAUUCCUGGACAAAACUCCCUGCCGAACGGCAACCCGCCGAAUGCAGUGAAUUUACUUCCUUAAACUGUACACUUUUAUCCUCUAAGAGGAACAGGUUGAAAAUCUUAAUUGAAUUCUUUCCUCAC